GGCUCGUCUUGCACAGUUCGUUGCACCAACCAUUGGGUGCAUAUGGAGCAAAUCACAGGCUGAGACGGAGCGUCUUUUCUGCACCUGGUUGAGAGCAUCAUCUCUUGGAAAGUGUCAUGAAAGUGAGCGCUUCAGUUGCACAAAUAAUAAAUCAAUCAGGAGGUAAAUUAUUAACCCCACUCGUUAUUUCUCUUCGCAUGCAACCCUGCAAACCCCCCUCUCCUCUGUGAGAGGAAUGGUGUCUGCUGGAGGAGGGAUAGGAGCAAGAAGAGGAGGAGGAGGAGGGGGCGGUGUCUCCAUCCAAGAGGGAUGUUGUGUAGUAAGUGAAGGGGGCGGAGGAGGGAGGAAGGGAGGGUACAGCUCCGUGCUUCUACGUCAGUGUACAUCACAGGGACACACAGGACCUUUUUGCUUCAGGUACCCGGGGUGACUCCCUGCACGGAAAAAUCCCAAUUCCGGUCCCCCGAAAACGCGCUGAUCCUACAACUUAAAGGAUUUGGUAUCUGAGCUCACGCUGGCCAGAGAGCAGCAGCAGCAGCAGUGUAGAGGAGCAGGGAGCUGUCCGUGGUGCUGAAUUCACCAGCUAACAGAAAUCCCCAUUGCCCCACUCAUGUGCUUGGGCCGCUCCUGAUAGCUCCCAUUCCUAGCAGCGACUGACCACCACCCCAAAACCCAAGAUGGAGGACGACGGGAGAUACAGAGAUGGCCGAUCAGACUUCAUUCGUGGCGCAAAGGACAUCGCCAAAGUGGCCAAGAAACAGGUUGGCAAAAAGGUAGGGCGCGGCGUGGACAAAGUGGCCGAUGAGUACAGCAAACGUUCCUACAAACGCUUUGAGGAGGAGGAUGAUGAUGAUGACUAUGGAGGUGCGCCUGGCAAUGAUGGAGGAUAUUACCGCAAUGACAGCCGGGCCAAUGACGAUGAAGGCCACAGCGACUCCACUGAAGGACAUGACGAGGAUGACGAGAUCUACGAAGGCGAGUACCAGGGCAUCCCCAGGGCUGACUCAGAGAAAGCCGGAGGCAUGGAUGGCGUAGCAGCAGCGCAGGCGCAGCAGUUCAGAGAUCUGUCCGCCUAUGAGGGCGAGAGGAGGAAAGACCAGGAGGAGCUGGCCCAGCAGUACGAGACCAUCCUGCAGGAGUGUGGCCACGGGAAGUUCCAGUGGACACUCUACUUUGUCCUCGGGCUGGCGCUGAUGGCAGAUGGCGUAGAGAUCUUUGUGGUCGGCUUCGUGCUGCCAUUUGCAGAGAAGGAUAUGUGUCUAUCUGAGCCCAACAAGGGCAUGCUGGGUCUGAUCGUGUACCUGGGGAUGAUGGUCGGGGCCUUCGUGUGGGGCGGCCUGGCUGAUCGGAUCGGCAGACGGCAGACCCUCCUCAUCUCCCUCUCCAUCAACAGUGUGUUUGCCUUCUUCUCCUCCUUUGUCCAGGGCUACAUCUCCUUCCUCUUCUGCCGCCUGGCCUCUGGUGUGGGCAUUGGCGGCUCCAUCCCCAUCGUGUUUUCCUAUUACUCUGAGUUCCUGGCUCAGGAGAAGCGAGGAGAGCAUCUGAGCUGGCUCUGCAUGUUCUGGAUGAUCGGGGGUAUCUACGCCUCUGCCAUGGCCUGGGCUAUCAUCCCACACUACGGCUGGAGUUUCCAGAUGGGCUCGGCCUACCAGUUCCACAGCUGGCGUGUCUUUGUGUUGGUGUGUGCCUUCCCCGCUGUGGCGGCCAUCUCUGCCCUCACCACCAUGCCUGAGAGCCCCCGCUUCUACCUGGAGAACGGGAAACACGAUGAAGCCUGGAUGAUCCUGAAGCAGGUCCAUGACACCAACAUGAGGGCCAAGGGUUACCCAGAGAGGGUCUUCUCCGUGACCACGAUCAAAACAGUGAAGCAGAUGGACGAGCUGGUGAACCUGGGUGAUGGUGCCGCCUGGCAUCAGAAAUGGAAGAUAAAGCUCACUUCUCUUUUCCAUCAGGUUUGGAGUAACUUCCAGGCAGUUUUCUCCCCAGAGUACCGUCGCACCACCUACAUGAUGAUGGCCGUGUGGUUCUCCAUGUCCUUCAGCUACUACGGUCUGACAGUGUGGUUCCCCGACAUGAUCAAGUACCUGCAGAAACAGGAGUACGCCUCACGCACUAAGGUGUUCAUGAAGGAGAAAGUGGAACAUGUCACCUUUAACUUCACCCUAGAAAACCAGGUCCACCGCCAGGGAGAGUACUUUAACGACAAAUUUAUGAAUCUUAAGAUGAGGUCUAUGGUGUUUGAAGACUCCCUGUUUGAGGAGUGUUACUUUGAAGACAUCACCUCCAGCAACACCUUCUUCAAGAACUGCACCUUUAUCGCCACCCUCUUUUACAACACAGAUCUCUUCAAGUAUAGGUUGGUAAACUGCCGGCUCAUCAACAGCACGUUCUUGCACAACAAAGAGGGCUGCGUGCUCAGCGACGUGAGCGACGAAAACAAUGCCUACAUGGUCUACUUUGUCAGCUUCCUGGGCACCUUGGCUGUGUUGCCGGGCAACAUUGUCUCUGCUUUGCUGAUGGACAAGAUCGGACGUCUGAGGAUGCUAGCGGGUUCCAGCGUGAUCUCUUGUAUCAGCUGUUUCUUCCUGUCCUUUGGCAACAGCGAGUCGGCCAUGAUUGCUCUGCUCUGCCUGUUUGGGGGAAUCAGCAUUGCUUCCUGGAACGCCCUGGAUGUGCUGACAGUGGAGCUCUAUCCUUCUGACAAGAGAACCACGGCGUUUGGCUUCCUCAACGCCCUCUGUAAAUUAGCGGCUGUUUUAGGCAUAAGCAUCUUCACCUCGUUCGUUGGUAUCACCAAGGCCGUGCCCAUCCUCUUUGCCUCGGGGGCGCUGGCGGCGGGCAGUUUUCUGGCCCUCAAACUACCAGAGACGCGGGGUCAGGUGCUCCAAUAGUGUGGCGCCAACAGCUUUCCAGGGAACAGAAGAGUUUUUCGCCACACUGUGAAUGAAGAGCUCAAGAGCCCUCAAAACCCUACCCUCUAACCCCUCCCUCACAAUGAUAGAGUGAAGUAAGUGCACAUGCUUCAAGAUUUGCUGUAAAUAUUUGGGAUCAGUGAUUAUUUCAUAGGUACCCCUCCUUGCAAUCAAACGUAGAAGCUAUGACAAACAUAAGUGUUUGAAAACACCCUGAGUUUAGACCGAGUGUUGAUGAUUGCUCCAAAGUGUUGUGAAGUUGUUCAGUGAAAGAAUGACAUUUAAUUUUCUUGUAAGUAAAAGUAGGAAAUUUAGAUUUGUUUCCCUGUUCAGAGUACAUCCAGCCGGGGUUGGAGGUCAGGGGUCGGGGGUUCUUGAUGAUGAGCCAUGGAAAUAGACUCAUAGAAAUGACCACUAGCCAUUGUUGCGGAGUUCUCUGUAAUCACCUCCAUCCUCCUGAGCAAAUUCAACUCACCCGUCAAGUCUUGAGUACUUUGCCAUUGUUGGACAUAGAAUCCAAAAAUGCGACAUUUUCUGCCUUGAUUUGAAGCAUUUUUGACGUUUUCUGGGUAAAACCAAGACACACCUCUCUUGGCUUUCUCUUAAACAAAGACCCGUGCUCAUUCUUUCUCUCCUAGAGGUCUUGUGUUGGUGUACAGACUAACUGCCAUUUUAUAGAUUAUAGAACAUUCCAGGUUUGCUUUUGUUGUUGUUAGAUUGUGACGAGAAGAUCAAUCGAGGCCCUUCUCCCUUUAAAACAUCUUUUCUGAUCACGUCAUGUGACAUUCAGAUCAGUUCAUGGGGAUGUUUCCCAUGCCAUGUUUUAAAUUCUGUGCUGUCAUGGUAGCCAUUUCAUCCCAAAGAUGAAGCUAUUUGUCAAAAUGUACAUUCGAAGCACAACCAUUUGCCAGUGUGAAUGUCCCCUAACAUUUUCUGAAUUGAUGAAAAUGUUCAGAAACUCACAGUUGGGCACCAUUUUUCAAUCAUACUGUGUAUUCCUUUGUAAGAAAUGCCUUUUUAGUACCUCUCCUCCCAGACUUACAGUAUGUUUGCCUCUUAUAAAAUAUGUUUGGAGGGUGUUAUGCAUGUCACAAAGUAUGUAUGUAGUACUAUGAAAAUUGAGAGUACAACAUAAUUAGCAUAGUUACAUUUGCCCGCUGAUUAGCCAGGCUUCAUUUAAUGUAAUAUUUUGAAAUUUCCUACACACUAAAAACAGCACAGUGCGUCUAAUCUGCUGUUGGUAGCAGUAAACAUUCUUAGUGCACACUCCCAGAAUAAGAACAUUUCUUUAUUAAUACACGUCACACAUAAUACACAUUGCACAUGGCAGAGGAACGAGUAGUCAAAGGGUCAAAAAGCAAACGGUUUUUACACUAAAACCCUUCACCUUCAGCUUUUAUGUUUCAGUGGAGGCACAAGUUGUGUAAAGUGUGUAAGAGAUUACGGAUAAACUAUAAUCAAAUUAUUUGUGUCAACUGAAUGUUUAUAUAAAUGUGAGUGUGCUUCUUGGUGCAAUAUUGAACCUCUGUGCAAUAUUGAUUUUUUCUUUCAUUUUUGUCUUUUAGCAUUUCACAUUUGGCGAACUCUUUUCUGGUUUGUGAAUGGUUGUGAGGUCACUGUCUUACACUGAUAACUAAGAACGGUAUGAUAAACAUACUGGACAAAAAGAACCUGUUGCUCAAUCUUUCAGGCUUUUUUUAAAUGUUCAAAAGAUCAGCAGAGUGUUCAGAAGAAUUCAUGGAGAACUCUGCAUUCAAAUUUAAAAUAGCAGCAGAGUCUUCAUACUUCAAAGUUUCUUCAUGUGAGAUGUGUAUGUACUUGAACAGUAGUGAUUUAUUGCAGUCUAGAGGACAAUUCUGCUAACGGGGUAUGGAUUAGGAGUGCACUGGACCUUGUGUUUGUUUGUGCUUUAUGACAUUAUUAUAUUAUACAAAUGUAGCUAGAUAUAACACGAGAUUCACCGUAGAGAACUCACUGCCAAGGGCUGCCUGUCAUACAUGUCACACUGGUAAAAGCACAGAGAGCAGGUGAAAAUGAUAUACCACAUUCCCCUAAACUAGAAAAGCAAGACUGAUAUGUUCACAAUCACGUGGUAAACGACAAACAAUUGUUAACGUGUAGCUUAACAAAUAAAGUUCUCACCCAGACUGCCAUUUUGUAGGAUAGCAGCCAUACAUAGACUCAAGACAGUUGAAUAAACAGACGAACCCAUUGCACUAAACGUACAAUGUCGUACAUGCACAAUUGUGAACACCUUGAGUUCUUCAAGACACAAUAUGAUACAGUCUUGCUUGAGAGGUAAGGAAGAACAAGGUGUUUAGCAGGAGAACAAAGACCAAAACCAACCAAAUGAUGGGAUUGUGAACAUGAGUGCGGUUGUGAACAUCGGUGCUUUGAGCUUUGACGACCUGCCCCCCUUAAAUUUCACUCCUUCCGUCUCUCACUGACUCAACUCCUAAAUCUGACCUUGGAUCCAUUAUCUAUGAGUGUGCCAUCUCUCAUUAAUUAUUGCCAAAUAUUUUGUAUGGCCUGAGUUUACACAUUACACCAUCAGUUCUCUGUUUUAGAUAUGAAUAUAUGUAAAUAAAAGUACUUAUAAUGUAACUAAUAAGAUAGCUGUUCAAAGCUUUUGAACCCUGGGAAAUUGCAGUCAGUCUUUAACCAUUUUCAGUCGUUGAUCAUGCAAAAGCAAGAACAUCUGGACUUCCUAUGUUAAUGACGACUUUUCACAACUGAUCUGAGAACCUGUCUUCAGAAGUCCAGGUGCUCUUAUUUAGAAACAUGAAAUGUUGACAUCAGGCACCAAAGUGGCCAGCACAUGAAAAGGAAAAUCAGCCCAAACUCCCUUUUAAAAGCACAUUGAUAUAAAAAUAAAACACACUUUAGCUGUACCAAUAUAAAAGCUAAGCAUCAGCAGUCUUACUCUCCAUGUUGUUCUGUAUCACCCACGAAUUAAAAACAACGAUGUCAAGGUAACUGUUGUACUUGUUGAAAAAUGGAUAACCGUUAAAGCGCUAACCUGUCUCAGUGACUCAGUUCAGGCUCCUUCCAAGUCUAAAUUGUCUCGUAGAUACAUAUCUCAGCUUAUGUUACAGGGUUUUUUUGUAUAACUGUUGCCUGAGCAACAGUCAAUUGUGAGUGCAAAAAGUUAACAAAGCAAUAAGUGUUUGAGUAUUGUCUCCUCUUCUCUUCUCUGAAGCUACUGAGAAUGGGAGCUCGUUACUUUAUGCUGGCCUUGUCCACUGAAAUGCUUAGUGUUGGCGUAAUAAUGACACAGGACUUAACAGCAGACAUUUGUGUGUACUCUCUAAAACAACCCUAAGUCUUGAGGCUUUUGUCAAUAAGAUUGCAUUGCCAUUAAUUAAAUGUAACAAAGAAUUUAUCACCUUUGUCAUUGUACUGUGCUGUAGAAACUGUAGUUGAUUGUUUGUAAGUAUAGAAACUGUUUGUGGAACCAUGAAUAUAAAAAAAGGUAUACAAAAAAAGUGUAAAUGAACAAUGAUGUAUGUUGUCUUUGAUUUUGUGUAUUUUGUAAAAAUGAGGAAGAAAUAUAAGUAAAUACAUCAAUGUUAAAUACCGGUUAUGAAUCAUAAUUAGCCCUAAUGUGACGACAUCAGUUCUGUUUAAAGGUGUGUGAGAUUUUUUCUUAUAUUUUCUCAUUGUUGAUUUUUGAUCGGGUUUGCACUCCGCUGUGCAGCUGACCCUUUGGAAUCACAAUGGAUAACAAAGAACCAUGAAGAAUAAACAAGUGGAAAAAUA